AUGGCUGCGAAUCGGCUGGCACGCUCGGCGAGCAAGAGAUGGGUAGACGACAGCGAGGUGCCGCAGUGCCCGCUGUGCUCGAACCGCUUCGAGGGCAACUUUCUCGACAUCACUGCAAGGGGCCGGACCCACUGCCGCUACUGCGGCGGCGUCUUCUGCACGAACUGCUGCAGCCAGGAGCUCUACAUGCCUGAAGACGAGGUGGUCCGCCCCCCACCAUCCAAUAAGUUCAAGAGCAUUAUCUUUGACCCUACGCUCAAGCAAAAGGCCUGCCGGACGUGCGUGAAGAUACUGAUCCCGCAACAAGAGGCUAUUAAGGCGAGCCGCGGGCGCGGGAGCGGAGGAGGAGGGAUUAGCCGCUUGAACGGAUUCCUGGAGCGAAAGAACACGGGAGGGCCGCAUUUUUCGAUCGCCAUCGUCCGUGCAAAGGUGUCGCACGCAUUUUCUUGUGCCGUACGGAGUGGGAUUUAUGAAGUUGGUCGAUGA